AUGGGCGCGGGGAGCUUCCGCGCGUGCUUCUUUCCGCACAGCGGAAUGGUGGCGGGGGACUGGGACCCCGAGGACAUGGCCGAGCGCGCGGAGCGCAUUCACCGCCUGCGGAGCAGACGGAUGAAGGGGGCAGGGGAAGGGGGGACGGCGGAGGAAGUGGCGGAAGAUGCGCAAGGGGAACUGGGGAGCGGGGAAGCUGGGGGGAGCUCCGGGAAAUCGCCGCGGAAGGGGGGAGUAAGACAAGGCAACGGUAACAAGGACGAAGCAGAAAGGAAAGAGCAGGGAGCAGCUGUUGGCGGUGGAGAUCCUAAUAGCGCGGAGGUUGAUAACGAGGAUGACCAAGGCAGCGACGAGGGCAUGGCUUUAGACGAUGAAAUCCGCGAGCCGAGCUCGUUAAUGGAAGCAAUAGCUCUUAGGCGGUCCCUGCAGCGAGUAAGGGAUGAGGAGGACGCAGGGAGGGUUGACUGCGGCGAGAGGGGAAGAGAGGGAAUGGAAGGAGAGAGUGGGGGAGGUAACGGGGAGAGGGAUGCGCGUGAGGCAAGGGGGGGUGCGAUUCAGGGCUUGGGGAUUCACGGAGGGGGGCGAAAGGGGGAAGGUGUGGCGGAGGCGGGGAGAGAGGAGGUAUGGGGAAGGGAGGGAGAGAGGGAGAAGGAAAGGGUAGGGCAUGGGGAGGGGAUGGUGUGUGAGAGGAGGCGGAGCAGGAGCGGCAGUGGGAGUGUGAGGAGCAGUCUGUGUAGCAUAGAGGAGGAUGAGGGGGACAACGCUGAUCGUAGCACAGCUCUUUCCACUCAUUCUCGAGAUGUCUUUUCAAGCCACGCUGCUGCAAGUAGCGCAUCUGACACUAACGAUUUUCCAGUGGCGAAUGAUGCGGCAUGCAUGAACCUGGGAGGAAUGGCGGGUGAUAAGGAAGGAAAAGAAGGCAGGGAAGGGCAGGUAGGUUCGGAAGGGACGGAAAGGGCGGAAGGGCAGGUGCCACCUGGGGCAGGGCGUAUUGCUGAAGGGCGGUUCCCAGACAUGCCGCCGGCAGGGCACAUGCGGGGCCGAGGAGGGAGUGAAGGAGCGGAGCUGGUCCGCGUUUCACCUGGCAGAUCACCUGGCAUGUCGCCUGCCUUUUCACCUGGGCAUCCGGCUUCGCCAACUCCUGCGUUUUCACCUGGGCACUCACCCUCCGGGACCCCUGCCCGAUCACCCCUGCGCCCUCCCCGCCCAUCUCGGUCGUCAUCUCUCUCAGAAGGAAGGCUGGAAGUGAAGCAAGAUGGUCGCUCAGGCAGCCCUGCUGCUGCCCGUACCCAAUCCAUAUCAGCCUCGGCAUCAGCCUCGGUAUCAGCCUCGGCAUCAGCCUCGGUAUCAGCCUCGGCAUCAGCAUCGCUGUCGCCAUCCAUGUCCCCAUCACGCCUCCUAGCAGGCAUGCCGUCGCACCCCUCGCCAAAUAUCCCCGUGUCCAAGUCUGGAUUUGAUCUCCCCCCUGCCGCCCACUCUUGGGCACCCGCCACCACCUCACACGCCUCCCCUCCUUCCUCCCACUUCCACCUUGCUCCCUCCGUUACACAGCAACAGCAGCAGCAACAGCAGCAGCAGCAGCAGCAUCAUUCCAAGUCACUUUUAGAUGGGGCAAGCACCACUGUAGAUCCCAUGGUGACUGUAAGGAGGGUUCCCAGGGUCCCGGGGGGCAAGGGGGGCUGGAGGGACGCUGCUGCUGCAGGAGGAGACGAUUUUGGGCUUGGAACCUCAGGAGGUUCGGCAGAAACAGGUUCGGCAGCGGGAGGCUCGGGACUCCGAGGCUCGGUUCUGCAAUCCCGGUCGUUCCGAGGAGGCUCGGCCGGAGCUGCGAUGGCUGCAGCUGCAGCAGCAGCGGCAGCGGCUGUAGCAGGUGGGGGUGGGGCAACGGGUGCUAAUAGCCCGUUGCUGCAGGCUAAGAGAAGACAGGCAGGAUCAAGUUCUAUGAGAGGGAAGAGUUUAGCAGCGUUGGAUUUUGAAAGGAUGCUGGCGAGUGGGGGAGUCGAGAGGAGAGGGGGCGGUGAUGGUGGUGGUGGCGCUGCUGGUGGUGGCUUGGGUGGUGGUAUGGGAAGAGGAGUGGAUGGAGAGGGGGAGGAUUCGGAGUGGGAAGGGAGAUUGGAGCUCGAGGAGUGGGAGAGGGCGAGUGGGAUUGGAGUGAGGGGGAUUGGAAAGAGGGUCAUUGGAGUGAGGGAGGCGGGAGUGAGGGAGGAUAAGGCAGGAGGUGAAGGGCUUGGGGAGGAGGAGGUUCGAAGACCACCAGGGGACGCACUGUUGCUUCCAGCGGAGGCUGGCCAGUCAGCAUUCGAGGGGGCAAUUUUUGAGUUGACCCAAAAGGUUGGGGAGGAGGAGGUUCGAAGAUCACCAGGGGAAGCAGUGUUGCUUUCAGCGGAGGCUGGCCAAUCAGCGUAUGACAGGGUGGGUGGGGGACUUGGAUGGAGACUCUGGGGGAAAAACGUGAUGCAGGGAGUUUGCAAGGGGGAGAGAGGAGUCUGCAAGGGGGAGGGGAGAGUUUGCAAGGGGGAGGGGGGAGUUUGCAAGGGGGAGUGGGGAGUUCGCAAGGGGGAGGGGGGAGUUUGCAAGAGGAAGAGGGGAGUUUGGCAGUGCAGGCGUGUGGAAGCAGAGAGGAGAUUUCUUAUGGGGCGCCUCAAAAGUCGUCUGCUGCGUGAGAAGGAAAGAUGGGAGGAGGGAAGGGAGGAAGGAAGGGGAGAAAAGGGAUGGGGGAGGGGACGGGAAGGGGAAGGAUGCAAAAGGGGAAGGAGAAGAGGGAGGAAGUGGAGAGAUUGGAAGAGGAGAAAAGAGGAGGGAAAGAAGAGUGUAACGAUCGAAGAGGGCAGAAUUGGAGGGGAUAGGAUUCAAGAGGAUAGGGAUGAGGUGGAGGGGGGUGGAGAGGCAGAAUCAUCGGAAGGUGUGAUAGAGUGGACCAAGCUAGGAGUCGUGAAAGGGAGGGAGAAGACGAGGGGAGAAAGAGAGAGAGCAGGAGAGGGGGACAAGGAGAGAGAAGGAGAGAGAGAAAGGGAGAGAGAAAACAAGAGUGGGGGAGGCAGAGGAGGGGAGUGUAGCAAGGGAGAGGGAGCAGCAGAGGCAGCCACCACUGAAGCUGGGCUGUCUGGAAAACUCACAGAGGGAGCAACUCCUGCUGCUGCUGUUAUGCCUGGUUUGCCUCGAGAUUUCACCAUGGCAGAUUUGGGCGCUUCUCCUGAGACGUCUCAACGGGGUGCUGCUGCUGUCAUGCCCGGUUUGCCUCGAGAUUUCACCAUGGCAGAUUUGGGCGCUUCUCCUGAGACGUCUCAACGGGGUGCUGCUGCUGUCAUGCCCGGUUUGCCUCGAGAUUUCACCUUGGUGGACCUGGGCAAGCCUUUUGAGUCCGCUGAAAAGGGUGCUGCUGCUGCUGCUGUUUCUGUACCGGGCGAGGAACUGAGAGGAGGAGUCAUGUCCCAAGGGAGGCCAGAGGUGGAAGAAGAAGCGGACGCUCAGGAGGGGAUGGGUUCAGAGCUCGUGUUCAAAGGCAAGAAGAUUCGAGUGAGAAGCGAGCAGGAGCAAUGCGAUGCUCACAGUGGCCAGGAGGUGCUGGCCGAGCAGCGCGAGCAGGGCGCGCAGGGCGAGCAGGGCGAGCAGGGCGAGCAGACCUGUGAGGCGCCUCAAAAGCAGGCAGAGCAGGGCAGACAGGAUGAUGAGCAGGGCGAGGGCGACCCUAUGACAGGCGGUCUCCAAGCCCCUCAACACGAUCCCCACCUGCCUCCUCUCAACACGGUUCAGCCCACCACUCGCCCACCAGUUCUGGUUUCCAGCUUCUCAGGCUCCUCCCAGCGCUCUUCUCCCCCCACACCCUUUGGCUUCACCGGCACCAGCAGCAGCAGCGGCGGCGGCGGUGGCGGCGGUGGUGGGGGUGGUGUGAGUGGUGUGAGAGAUGGGCAGCACUGGGAUCAUCAUGGGCCUUCAGGUGCUGCUGCUGCUGCUGGGGGUGGGUUUCUAGCAGGGGGUGCAGCAGGGAGCAGCAGUAAGUGGCAGUGUGGUCGGGAGUUUGGGCCGAUAGGGGCGGCUAGAGUGAGGGCUCAGAGGUGCAGGGAGCACUGGACUCUGCUGUUCAUGGAUCUGCUCGAUCUGAUGCUCAAACGGACGGCUGGAGAUGAGUCUGUGGACAAUGAGGGCGAUCUGAUGGUGAAUCGGACGGCUGGGGAUGGGCCUCAACGGUGGCUCAGCAUGGAAGCUGGUGCAGUUGCUGCUGCCGGUGCCUAUGGCAGUGGUAGUAGGGGCAGAGGAGCGGGGGAGCGUGAGGGGGACGAGGAGGAGGAGGAGCAGGAGGGGGCGUAUGGGAAGUCGCUGACAACAGCAGCAGUGGAAGGGGGCAGCGGACCGCAUGGCCUAUGCAGGCGACGGGAGGGGGCGAGGGCAGAGCGGGGAUACACAGACCAGUUCCUCGCCUCGCGCUGCCACCACGACAACAUCCUCGUUUUUGUCGGCCUCGCUGCAGCGGUGAGCGUGUGGCGCCCCGCUACAGCCGCCCUCAUUCUCCUGCGCCUGCUCGACCGCAUCGCCUUCUUCGAGCUACAGCUGGAGCGAGAGCAGGCUUUAAUGCAGCAGCAGCAGCUGAUGCUUCUUCAGUUCAACCCAGACGCAGACGAACCUGUUUCUCACAAAUCCACCGCUCUGCACCCCUCUCACCGACCCCCCAGCUCGAGCUUCGGCGGCGCCACCUCCGGCAGAGGCUCGGAGAGUUCCGAAGCUACCUCAGGUCUGGGAACCAUGUCCCUAGCAGCUAUGGCAGAGGUAGCACUAGCAGAAGGGCUUGCAGCUGCCACCCACUCGAGCCUGGAGGAACGGUGUGAGGAGCAGGAUCGGCUGUACCUACAGCUCAGCCUCGGCCCGGGCCUGCUGGGGAUGACCCUGGCGGCGACGAUGAGGGAACUUGAGCAUAUACACCCGGACGACAGCAUGGCAAUUGCGAGUCUAGCCCAGGAAUUAGGGUUAGACGAGGCGGCGUUUCAUGCCGCACUGAGGGCCGUUUCCAGUGGGAGGCUCAAGGCUGCUGGGUUCGAUCGGGUGAUUGGAAUGGUGUUUACAGGUAGAGGGGUUGAGUCGGUUACAAUGCGGUUUGCUAGGCUGGCUGCUGCGGUGAAAACGGCCCAGUUCUGGGGGUCUGGGGGCCCUGGGGCGGGAGAGGGGGCCCAUCUCUCUCCCCUCUCCUCUCCUAAUACAGGAGGGAGGAGUGCUGGGGGAGCAGCGCAAGGGGGGAGGAGCGCAGGAGCAAGCAGUAGUAGAGGUGGGGGGACAGGCUCAGACGCUGCCGUCAAGGCAGAUCCAGAUAUUACCUCCCUAGAGCAGCAGCAGCAGCAGCAGCAGCCAAAGCUGCCGCCUCUGAUCCUCUCUCCCCUCUUCCACUUCCUCUCCUGCUCUCUCUGGUUCAACAGUUCCCUCAGCUCCCCCUCCCCGUCUCUCUCCGCGGCUGCUCCUGGUUGGGCUGCUGCUGCCUUUGCAGUUGCCUCUAGUUGGGGCUCUGCGCUUGCCUCCCAGGCUAGUUCCGGAGCUGCAGCUGCAGCAGCAGGCUCGGGGAAAGGCUCGGCGACAGGGUCGGUGGGUGGGUUGUGGGCGGCUGGCAGAGCAAGCGCUCCUGGGGUUAGUGCUAGCUUAAGCGGUGCCUCAGGUGGUUCUUCAGGUGGUGCCCCAGGUGGUCCUUCAGGUGCCGGCAACAAUGCUGAUGGCCUGGUCCCUGGUGGUAGUGUGUCGAACUGGUAG